AUGACGAUCUUCGAAUCCAACGUCAACGCCGCAUUCGCCCACUUCCAGCCCGACGACGAAGAUCCCCUCUUCGACAAAGACCAGGACCCUUUCCAACGCUGGAUCCAGGGCUCUCCAGCCCCAGCGGGCUCGGAGUUCGACUUCAUUGUCGCUAGUGAGGAUAAUCAUGAUCCGUUGACGAGAUUGUCGUGGUUGGAAUUGAUGGGCAUUUUGGCGGCGUUGAGGACGGGCUAUGUGGAACAGCCGAAUAGGAGCUUUUUGUUUAGGUUUGAGGUUUGGAGGACUCAGAGGGAGCCGGAGGAGCAGGUCGGGUGGGGAGAGUUGCUUCUGAAUGCAGAUGCGGAUAGUGGUGUUGCGAGCCCGGAGAGUGCGGCGACGGGGAGGCGGAGGGGGCGGAGGGGGCGGGUGCUGUGA